GUUGAUCUGUUCUAGUUCAUUCAAAGUUGUGUGAGAUCACACGUGCCGUCUCGUGUCGUGCAAUAUCCACUCUCUCAUCUGGUGCUCCAUUUAGCGCGUGUCCUCUCCCAAUCAGAUCAAGAUAUCAAGCAAAACAAGAUGGUGGAUGGACAAAAACAACAAUUUAUGGUGAAAGGAUGGGAGAAUGGGCCAUCCAGUAAAAGGGACUUGAAGGGACCAGGGAAGAUAAAGGAAGACCCAAUCUUGUACAGAGCCUUCUAUAUGGUUUACAUAUUCUUCUUCCUUGUCUGGGAGUUAGCUGCAGCCUUCGGUUCGUUCCUUUGUAGGCUGAUCCUGAGGCCAGAACCGAAGUCACUCAGAGGAAGGGUGUGCUUGGUGACUGGAUCAGGCCGCGGGCUAGGACGGGAAUUCUGCCUGGCAUUGGCGAGAGAGGGAGCUGUCAUCGCCUGUGCUGACAUAAACGAAGCCAACAACAAAACGACAGCAGAGAUGGUGAAGGAGUUGGGAGCCAAGGUGGUCCCCUAUACAGUCAACAUAGCUGUCAAAAAAGAUGUUGAAAAUCUUGUCUCUCGAAUAGAGAAAGACCUGGGACCAAUUUUCCUGUUGAUCAACAACGCCGCCAUUGUGGUCAACACGUAUGGAUUCCAAGAAGAUUUUUUGAGAGCUACCUUCAACACUAAUGUCUUCGGGCCAACUUGGCUAAUGAAUGCAGUUCUGCCAACUAUGAAAUUAAGAAAUGAAGGACACAUCGUCAAUAUCGCCUCUGUAGCCACCAUGAUGGUGUUGCCCCCUAUGAUGGUAUAUGGGGCAACCAAAUCAGCUAUGACUUAUUUAAGCAACUGCCUACGUGCUGAACUGCUAAUGGAGAACCACGACAACAUAGUAAUUACAACUGUACAUCCAAUAUUCAUGAAUUCAUCAGAAGAUUACUUAUCAUAUGUAUCUGCAAAAGUAACUAUGUGCAUAGAAAUGGAAGAAGUUGUGAGAGCAACGAUGAAUGCUAUCCAUUACAACUAUGAUGAAGUGCCAGUGCCUUCCUACAUCAAGUAUCCACUUCUUUUAAUAACAGAAAUGAUGCCUUCCAGGACAGGAGCAAAACUCUUACAGCUGAUAAUUAACCACAUUAUCAUACCUAAUGCUGACCAGUUCAAGCAGCUGCCCUGGUAUGAUUUAGUCAAGGAAUGUUCUCUUAUGGAAACACAGAAGGAGAAAUGAAUAACACUCAUCUAAAAUAAUGAGUAAUGAAUAUUAGCAGGACUAUUAUUCUUUGAACAGAAUUUAAUUUUGCCCAAGAUUUUGUGGGUUUAUCUAUUUUGCAUGAAAAUCAACCACGCAUUCACUAAUGCACCAAAGAAUAACUGACUGAUUAAACCGAAAACUGGUUAUUUUAAUUUCAGUUUUUAAAAACCAUUAUUUCUUUAAUUGCCCGAUAAUCAGGCAAAAAUAACCUGAAUUAAAAAAAAUUAAUGUUUUAAUGAUAAUAUUAAGUAUAUUCUAAAAAAUAUAUAUUCAAUCAAGUUUGUAUUCAAUAAGCAGUGGUUUUUUUUUUUGUCUUCCUUUUUGAUUAUCUAAACGACCAAUCUCGAGCCUCGAAUUCUCUUUACCUGAGGACCUUCGUGUUUGGGCUUUAUUAUUUUUAUUAUUUUAUUGAGUAAUAUAACAUUCUGUCACAACAUGAAUAAUGUUUAUAGAGAAAAAAUAAAUCAUUCACACCAUAUUUAUAGAAAAUAUAAGGAAAUAAAGGCAAAAUAAUAAUCAAAAUGUAUAUACAAUAAAUAACAAUAAAAUAAAUUUAAGAAUAACUAAAGCAAAAUACAUAGCCUUACCUAUGUAUGCUAUUUACAAUCAGCUAAUAGAAUUUGUCCUUAUAACUAUAGAGUGAAAAGCAGUACUGCAGGAGAUCCCUGCGAAACUCUCUCGAGCGCCACUGGUACUAAAAGCCAAUUGAAAUUGAGUGAG